AUGGCGGUGCUAACAAUUGCAUCUCUACUUUCUUUCUUCGAAAAUGAGAAUAAAUCUGUUUCACGAGGUGAAAAUCACUUCAAAUCUAACCAUGAGGAAAGCUUUAGUGCAAGUCAAGGUGUUUUGAAGGGACAGGUUUACACUAGUAUGAAAAAAAAAGUGUAUAACGUGACGAUAUACCUUAACCAAAACAAUGCGAUUAAAUCGAGCGAGUGCGAGUGUCCACGGGAAGCUUAUAAAUGUAGCCAUGCUGCAGCUCUGUUCAUCUAUGGAAUUUAUAACUUGAGUCGGACUGAUGUUGAGUGUUCAUGGAAAAAACGGAAUGCACCUGAUAUUUCUCGGAAAUCUAUUUCUGAAAUGUUUCCUCCAACCAAGCCAGGAUAUACAGCCUUACUCCGACAACCAAAUCAAGGCAAUCGAGAAGCGCUGUAUUCAGAAUUGCGAGCAUAUGGAAAGUUCACUGGCCUAUGCUGGCUGUUAAGCCCAGAGCCAAAACAACUGGGGGAUCUACCUGUCUUAACCGUGGAAGAGCAAAUUUUUUCUGGGGAAUUUCUCACUCUAUCUACUGCUGCUGAACAACUAGAGUUUAUCAGACCGAAAUUAAAGGUCAAGAGAGAAAUUGUAAAUCAAAUCAGCUCUUUAACAGUUGGUCAGAGAAACAAUCCCUCCUGGCAUUUAGUAAGGAAGGGGCGCUUGACUGCAAGCAAUUUUGGCUCCGUCAUCAUUGCUAAGAGGGUUACCCCAUCCCUUAUUAAGCGUCUCUUGGGGGAAUAUGACAUCUCACGUGUCAAAGCUGUGGCAUGGGGAGUCACAAAUGAGGCUGAAGCCAUCAAAACAUUUACUGCCAAAACUCAUCUUGAAGUUGUUGAGACGGGGGUGUGGCUUGACGAGUCAGGCAUUCUUGGAGCUUCCCCUGAUGGAUUAGUGGGUGAAGACCAUGUUCUAGAGGCGAAGUGUUCCUAUACAUUCAGAGAUGCAAGUAUUGAGGAAGCUUUGAAAAGUGACACAUUUUGUUUGGAGAAAAAGAGGAUGGAUCGUACUCACUAA